AUGGUGCGGCGGUUGGAGUCCCAAGUCGAGGAUGCCAAGAACGAACUGGCGAUGCUCAGGAUGACACGGACGAGCAACGCUCAAGAUAACAACUCGAGGGAAGCCCUUCACGACGGCCCUGAAAACGUUAUCGCGGCCAAGGCAAUGUCAGAUGCGAGACGUGAUGGUGGCUGCAUGUGCUCCAUAGAGUUGCAGAUUGAGACCUGUCCAAGUCCCGAGUCAUCGGAAGCCACACCUGACGAUGGCUGGGCGAAUAUCGCGACGGACAACAUACGACCAACCCAGACAUGGAGUGCAGACAAACAACUCAGCAAUGAGCGAAUUCGACGCAUCGAGCUGGAAAACUCGCAACUGAAGCGGGAAAAGGCCGAGCUGGUGUCAUUGUUGCAGAGCUCUCGCCAAGACAUGGAACAGUGUCGUGCGAAGUUGCGAGAACUCACGGCACUCCACGAAAAGGAAAUGCACAGGUCGAGGCUUCAAGCGUUGGCACUCAAAAUGCUGCAGGAUGAAUUGCAAGCCGAUGGGUUGUAG